AUGAUGAAUUCUUCUUCAUCAAACAAAUGUGUGCUUGUUCCACUUGUUGAAUGUUCGGAGACAUGUGAUCAAGAGCAAAUUAUAGAUAACGGUAAGUGUAACGUGGUUUUUUAUAUUCCGUGUUUGAUAAAAUUCGUGUCGUUCUACUUGAUUUAUUUUUUCUCAAACUUUUCAUUUUCAUUUUUGAAGAAGAAAUAGAGGAAGAUAAAAAACGACGAAAACGGAAAAAAGGUGGUGAAGAAGUUGUUAGUCAAGUAGGAGUUGAAGUACAAUCACAGCAACAUCGAAAAGCUUCGGGAAAUAACAAUAAUAAUUCGGAAAGAUUGGCAUCUUCAAGAUAUCGAGCAAAACCCUCAAGAUCAACUGAUGGGGUUCGACCAAAAAGAAGAGGUUCAAGAUUGAGUCUAGCAAGUUUAUUUAAUUUUGGUGGAAGUGCUGCAAAUUUUGUGAGAGAAAGGUGAGCUUAUUUUUUUUAUUUUUAGAGAAUGAGAAGUUUACAAUCAACAUGUCUAGAUUACAAGGAAGGUUUUUUGGAAUAGGCUAAAAAAAUUAACAAAGUAGGAGCUAAGUAUCAAUUUUAAAUUUAUCAUAAUUUCGAUUCUCUCAUAACUAUUCUGCUGCUGAAAACAUUUUCAUCUGCUUUCUCAAACAAAAACUCCCUUGUUAAUCUGUCUCUCAAUUUUUUUAUUCCGAAAACUCUUUCGAAUUUUUUUCCAACAAAAAAAUCGUGGGAAAAUCUUUGGCAGCUCUAAUUUAUAGCUAUGUCUUUAUUUUCUUUCGAAAAUUUACUUUUUUUCCUGAACUCACACUAAUGCUGAGGGUUUUGAUUUGUUUAGAAGAAGUUAAGGAUUAUUCUAGAUAACCCUGUUCCCAAAACAGAAAUGAGAAUCGACGAGUCUUCAGAAUACGAGAGAGAUUAUCAGGAGUGCGUAGGACAGCUGAAAUAAUCAGAAGAGAAAAAAAUAUUUCAGAGAAUUUCUGUUGUUAGAAAUUCUGUUUCUUGUUGUUUGAUCGUUUCAAAACUUGAUAAUUAUUGACUGGCGGAUUGAUUUUUCCUAAUUAAAACUUGACUUUUGUUCUUUUUGGUUUCUCAUUGAAUUGUAUCAUUUCAAAACAAUUUCUCAUUUCCCAAUUAUGUUCCAAUUUUUUUAACCAGAAAAAAAAUUUACAUUUUUGAUAUAUUAUCAUGAUGUUCUAUCCCAAGAGUCAAAAGGUCUAUUCUAGUUGAUCAGAAAACCUCCUUCACAUAAAUAAUCAACACCCUCAAUGAUUUUUUGAUUUGUUCAAACAUCAAAACAUGCAAAAAUAAUUUGUGCGUGGAAAAAAAAUAUAGAAACUGAAAAGCCACCUUGAUUAGCCAAUAUUUCGAAAUCGUUCAAAAUGCGGGGGAGAAAAUUACUAUAAGUAGCAAUGAAUUCUAUUCAUAUUCAGUUAUUAUUGAAAUGAGAUUAACUAUUUUCUAGCUUUUCUAUUAUGUGUUUGGUUUUGGAACAAGAUAUCUCAAGUAAGUUAUCUAGUUUAGUCGAAUUUUAUUUUCAUAUUUUUAAUCCUUUUUUCGCGGGAAACGCUUGAGGUUUGCAAUUCCAUAUAUUUGAUUCGAUUUAUUCAAAAUAAAUAAGAAGUUUGAUUUGAAUUACACGUCACCACACAUAAUCACAUACAAUUCUCUCUAACAAUCAAAAUUGUACUAUUUUAGUUCGAUGUAAUGAAAACCCUCUAGAGCUUUAUCUAUUUUUAAUCUCACGUCAGUUUUCUUUGAUUUCAAGAAUUCUUAUCAAUUUGAUAUAGUUUUCACAAUUUUUUCUAAUAAUUUCGAAAUAUUCUCAAUCAUUUUUCUCCGAAACAUCUAAUUUUUUCAACAUACCAAUCAAAAAACUGAUAAAUCAGAAAUAAAAAUGUCUGAAAAAUUGUUAUAAGAAAACAUAACAACAAACGUCUAUAUUUUUCGUAUACAAGGUAUUGUUAUUUUUAGAUUUAUCAUUUUUUCGGAAGUUGUAAUACUCUUUUAACAAAAACUUUUCUUGGUUGAAUCAUGGCGGAAAGAGAAAAGCAAUUCAAUAAAAAUCAGCAAAAAAAAGACAAAUUUUUCGCUUUUCAAUACAUUUUUAAUGUUUCUCUGUAGUAGUUCAAUAAGGUUUUUAUUUCCUCUUAAUUUUCAUUUUGUUCAAAAUUUUCUAUAAUUCAGAAAAGUUAUAAUUCUUUGAUCUCAGUUGUUUUUUUGCUUUCGUCAACUAACAGGGAAGAGAAAUUGAAGUGUUGAAAAUUUUCGAAAAAAAUGAAUAAAUAAAUAAAAUGAACUGACAUAACAAAAAUAUUUGUCAUUUUAUUUUGUUCAAUAUAAACACAGCAAAAAAAAUGACAGUUGAAAUAAUCAUGGGAAGAAAUUUUGGUAUGCCGAAAAUAAUGCAAAUUUUGUUCAAAACAAUAGACUAACGCCGUUAUAUAAUAGAAUUUGAUUUAAGAACAUCUGCGGUCCAAUUCUCUCGCAUUUCAAUCCAUUUGUUUCUUUUUCUUUUUUUUUCUCUCCCCCUAUUGAAAAUUCCUUCGCUGAAUUCAUAAUUAUCUUGAAAAAUCCAUGACUACCUCCUCUAUACAACGGACCUAAACGAAACAUUUUUAAUUCUCUCUCGUUUUUUGUUGCUGUUUUCUUCCAAGCAGAUUCAAUAUGUCCUUAUUAUUGAGAUAUAUAUGAAAAAUCUUUAAUAUAAGUUUUUUGUUGUAAAAUUGAAAUACGUUUUUGAAACAGGUUGUCUUUAUAUAUAUAUAUAUAUAUUUGCUGUAUUUCAAAAUUGAUUCUCAUUUUGUUCAUUUUUUGAAGAAUAAACAACCUAUGAUAAGACAGUUUUUUCUUCAAACUGUUUGAAAAAUGUCAAAUUCAUGUUCGUUUUUGAGUGUUCCUCUAUUCUAUUUGUGAGAAAAAAGAGAACGAGAAACUGUGAAAAACGAGAACUACAAAAAAGACAAAAAUUGCAUGUUUGUUCUUUUCUGUCGGUUUAUUUACGUAUGACAAGUAAUAUUGCAAUGCCGCAAAAAAAUUGAAAAAAAAAGAAAAAAAGUAGCGAGGUUUGUGCUUGUAAAAAAAAGAAAAAAACGAAAAAUUGAACAGUUUCAGAACUGGUUUUCUCAUUUUUCUUAUCUCUCAUGUUUUUCAAAUAUAUCGAUAAAAAUCUUUUUUCUCCUCUCUCUGAUGACUGUUUCUUCCAGCCAGGUUAGCUUCUUAAACAAAAAAUAUUCAUUUUUUACAGAAGUCGAUCCGGUUGGUCUUCUUAUUCUGAAGACACUGUUAGAAUGACAAGUGUUUCGGUCAAUGACAUUCAUUCAGCUGUUUCAAAUUCAAUAACAUCAAAAAGGUAAGAUAAUUUCUUCAAUUUCAAUUGCCUUUUAUUUCGCUUGCUUGCCACCCAGAUGUCAAAAAAAUCGAUAAAAAAAUGGUCGCAGGGACAGGCAUAAUUAACCUGCAUGUUUGUGAAAGGUCGCGCAAACACGCUCUAUUCCCACUCUUUUUUCUUCACACCUGUUCUAUUCUUUACCACGCUCUCCCCCUUUUCACAGAAAAAAAAACAAUAAUAUUAUUAUUAAUAAUAUCAUCUUUUAUGCAGCACAUUAUCUUUUUGCACAGUUUUAUUUUUUAUUUAAUUAUUAACUGGUUAUAUAUUUUUGUUGGUCCUUCUUUUUCUUCUUCAAAAUUUUAAAUUUGCGUUUAUUUUUCAGGUAUCGUGGUAGUGAUACUGAAUCAGGAAUGGAAGGUGGAAGUGAAAAUUGUGCUGAUUUAUUGCUACCAAAAGAAUCUCAACCUGAAAUUGGAGGCAAAAAAGAGAAAGUGAAACUGAAAUUGAGAGAUUGUCCGUUGUGUUUUUCGAAAUUGCCAUCAACCGAUUUUCCACAACUUAUUGGUUGUACACAACAUCGAAGUUGUGAUACAUGUAUGAAACAGGUUAGUAUUUGUUAAAAUUAUAUUUUGGUUCCAAAAAUAUAUUAUUAUCUAAAAAUUUGUUGUUAUCAGUUGAUAGGACAAUUUACUGAUCUAGUUUUGAAAAAAUCAGGGGUUUUUUUUUUUGAUGAAUCAUUUUUUUGAUAGAUGGAACAGACUUGUUCACUAUUAAAUUGAAGUUUGAAAUCAAGCUUUUUUCAAAUAUGAUUUGAAAAAUGAAAAAAAUAUAGCCUAUAUUUAGAUCAGUAAGAAAAAAACACAUAUUUUGUUUUCUCACACAUGUUUCUCAUGUGAGCCAAAAACACGUGAACGCCGAAAAAACGAAGCUAUUCACAAUAAAUUGGCAUAGUUUGAGAUUUUCAGAGUUUAGAAAAUAAAUGAGCACUAUUUUUGUCUUUUACAAAAAAAAUCCCUAAACGUAAAAAAGAGAAAAUCCUGCUCAUCAAACAAACAAAAAAGUCAAUCUUGGUUUUCUACCGGAAAAUUAAACAAGAAUAAGAAGAAUGGCAGCAUCUAAUGAUUUUUUGCUGUGAUUAAUUUCGGUUUAAAAUUAAAUUCAUUUUGCGCCUAUCCCUGAAACCACGAGAUUUGUUGGUUUUUUUCUUGAUGAGAAAUAUGUAAUUGAAAAUUUCGCUGACGUCUGAAAAAUCGUAUAAUGACGAGGAUGAUGAAAUAACAAUUUUUUAUUCUAAAAACAAUAAUUUUUCAGUAUGUCGAGUUGUCUAUAAAUGAAAAUCGUGUUGAAGUUCCGUGUCCGGAAUGCAAUUCAUUUUUACAUCCACAAGAUAUCACAACGAUUAUUGGAUCAAUGCCAAAUCUCAUUCGAAAAUAUGAGGAGUUUAGUGUUCGAAAAUUUCUGAUGACAGAUUUAGAUUCUCGAUGGUGUCCAGCACCGGAUUGUGGGUAAGUAAACUAUAAUAAUUUUGUUGAAAUUUGUAUAAAAUAUAUCAAUGACAUAUUUUAGAUACGCUGUGAUCGCUGCAAAUUGUGCUGCUUGCCCUCAACUUCGCUGUAAACGUGACGGAUGUGGGACACUAUUUUGCUAUCAUUGCAAACGUGAAUGGCAUAGCAAUCAAACUUGCGAUGAAGCUCGAUAUGCAGAAUCACGGAAAAGUCGCUCGCUGACAUUUGAAGAAUUGGUUAGAUCUGGACAAUAUCAAUCAUCUCAAGAAAACGCAAAAAGUAGGUUGAUGAAAAAAUUUUUAAUGACAUGUAUUACAAGGAAGUCACGAAAUCAAAAAAAAUAAAACGUUUCAAAAUUUUUGGCAGUUAACAGAAAACCUCAAAAAGUUAUUCAUUCAAAAAAUCCUAUCUUAAAAAAAAGUUGUGACGUCAUAAAAGAAAAGUUGCGGAUAGAAACCGAAUUUUUGAAUUCUGAGCUUACAACGUUUAGUCAUGUUCAGAUAACUCGAAGCAUUUAACGUCGAUUCAAAAUGUACAAUUUUUACCAACGUGAGCAAACAACCUGCCAAGUUAUUGGUUUUCAAUGCAAGUUGUGAAUUCUUGAACUUUUAGAAUCAUUACCUCUUGAGGUAUUCCCCAACUUCCAAGUUCACCAAAAGUGAACCUUGUUAGAAAUUUCGAUUUCCUUGAUUUAUCAGUACAUGAAAAAUCUAAAAAUAAAAUCUAAAAGCUAGAUGUAUAUAUUUUCCAGAAAAAGGGUGUUACAGAAGGGCACAUAUAAUAAGUAUAAUUUUAGAUACAAAUGAGAACUAUACGAUUUUCUGACUCACCAACACACUUUCGUUUAUAAUAUAGCUAAUUUUUUUCGAAAAGAAAAAAAAGGUGAAGCGGAGUGUCGUAGUAUGCGCAUAUUUUAGGCCCGCUCAAAUAAUUCAACAAAAUUAUACACUCGAUGAUUUUAUGAAGCGAAUUCGGAAAUAAUAAUUCAAUUUUUUUCAGUGGCCGACAUCAAAGGUUGUCCGCGGUGCCAAGCUUAUAUUGUAAAAAUGGAUGAUGGUUCCUGUAAUCAUAUGAUCUGUACAAUGUGCAAUGCUGAAUUCUGUUGGCUUUGUCUUCGAGAAAUUUCCGAUUUGCAUUAUUUGAGUCCAACUGGUUGCACAUUUUGGGGUAAAAAACCGUGGACAAGAAAGAAGAAGUUGUUAUGGCAAUUGGGUAUGUUUUUCUCACUUAUUUUGUGUUGUUUUUUAUUAUUCGAAAUAAUAUUUGUAGGUACAUUGAUUGGUGCACCAGUUGGAAUUGCAUUGAUUGCUGGAUUAUCAAUUCCUGGUAUUAUCUUUGGUGUUCCUGUAUUUGUUGGAAGAAAGGUUCAUCAAAAAUUCAAGUAUAAAUCAAAAUCAAAACGACGAUUCCUCACCGUUACUUGUGUGAUCGGCUCACUUGUUGUCAGUCCAGUAAUGGCUGUUAUGGCUGUCGGAGUUGGAGUUCCAAUUAUGUUGGCAUAUGUUUAUGGAGUUGUGCCACUUUCUUUGUGUCGAAAUGGAACAUGUAUCAAUACAUCUUCGGAAAAUCGUCCUAACCAAAGAAUUAUCGAUGAAGAACAAUUAUAUGGAACAGCUUCUGCUGAAACACAAGUCGAUUUUAUGCAAUUUAUACCAGAAGGCAGAAAAGACAAUGUUUCUAUCGAUCCAUCAGUUCAUAGUGGAUUAUCAGCUCCAAAUGAUGUUCGAUCAUACAGACAACAUCCAUAUACUGAUUUAUCUCGAAGAAGAAUCAGUGUUGAAUCAGGUUAGCAUUUUCUUUCAGUCUCUUGUGAAAAUUGCCUUGGUAACUUAUUCAUUUUUUUCAACUGUAUAGAAAAUAAAUCAAACUUGUUUAGGAGAACGUAUAAAUUAUGAAGAAGCAAGUGUCAAGGCAAUGUCAGGAUCACAUCACUAUGACGAUAAGGUUAGAAUCAAAUUGUAAUGCUUUACGUUUACCAAAAAAAACAUUUUCAGAGUCUUCACACAUUGUGUUCUGGUCAUGAAAUUGUCGAUGAACAAUCUAGCACAAAAGCAUUGGCUGGAUCUGUCACAGAAACAAAAAGUUUAAGCGGAAGAUUCCAUUUAUCCGCAAAACAUUCGGAUAAAUUAAAUGAAAGUGACACAGGUUGGUUUUUUUGAACUUUUAGACUUUACAUUGAUCAAGAGAUCAAAAACAUCUUAUUUACUUUAGCUUGAUUAAAUUGAAAUUAAAUCUUAUAUUAGAUUGAAUCUCGUGGUUUUGAUUAAAAUCGUAAUGUUCCGUGACUUUUUAAAGUUUUUGUUUUUUUAAAUGAAAAUAAGGAUUUUUGCAAAGAAAAAGUGAUCAACCACAGUACUUUUCUUAUAAAUAUUUGUAUUUUUUAGCCAAUUAAUUAUAUCUACAAAUCUCUCGUUAUUUUACAGUAACCGAAGAACAUGACGAAGAUCUUCCAUCAACAUCCUACGCAUCUUCUUCGACACAACAGCCACCUUGUCAGGCAAAAUUCAAGCUUUCCACAACAUCAUCAACUGGAUUCAAAGUCAUCGGUGAGAAUUUUGAUCAUUUGCAAAAAAAACCUGACUACUUUUCGUAUGUGCUUAUGAAGCUAGUCAAAUGUAUAUAGUUGUCGAACGUGCCCUUUUCCUAGUACAUGCAUAGCACAGCCGAUCACGAGUUGGGCUCCGCCCCGCGAGAAAACCAAAAAAGGGCGGCACCUUACAGGAGGCGUAUACAUCCAGCCAUUUCAUUUCAUUUCAAAUCUUCUUAUUCAUUCCUAUUUUUCAGAGCAAGAUGAAGAGCUCCUUCUACUCUCCGAUGAAGCUGCUUCUAUGAUAUUGACUGUGAAUGCCAAAAAUGGGACACCAAUUGUCACUGCACAUCCAGCAACAUUCACUGAAGGUGUUGAUUUGUCAAAGAUUCGUGGAUGGUUGGAUAAUAUAAAGCAAAUGACAGCGUCUGAUAUUCCACAAGAAAAACCAUAUGAGUGAGUUAGGGAAACUUGGAUAUACUUUAAGAUUGAAGAAGCAUAGGAUGAACAUCCUAUCUCUUUUCAGUGGAACCUAGUUAAAAUCCUCACCAUGUCCCCACUGAAUGGAAGUGCAGUUCUUAGACAUGACAGUCUUGAUAAAACUAGGCUUCAAAAUCAAACCUAAACACCAUAGACAUAGAUAUCUUGAACAUUUAGUCAACCCGUUUACUUCAGACCAUCUAAUCGAUCAACAUUCAAUAAAAUACGUAGAUCAGGAAGUGGAAAAAGUGUAAACACAACAUCAACUCUUCCAACAACAUUAAUUGGGAAUAAUCAAUCCAAAAAUGAUAUUGUUAACACUUCUUUGCCUGAAAAUUUGGCCAAUGACAAUGUGUCAAUCACUUCGACAAAUAGUAAACGUAAAAAGCGUCUUGGAUUUUUCUCAAACUGGUUCAACAAAUCAAAAUAA